AUGAGGCGGCCUAUCGCAGCCCUGAGCCUGUUAGCCACAGCGGUGCUGGCGCAAAGAAGGGCAGGUAUCUACAUCACACCGAGUCCUACGUAUCAAUCACUCUUGGGCGAAGCCCCAAUCGAGAAUCUCGAGGUAUCGCCCGUAGAGGCCAAUAUCGUACUUGCCCAUCAUCUAGGACUGUCAGCAUACGAGCGGACGUCCCUCGUCGACUCAAAGGGAUCUGGCUCGAGAUGGGCGACCUUAUGGGGCUUGAUGGGGCUCGACGAGGCAGGAGCGACGAAGGGCGAAGCUGAUCCUUGGGCGUCAUCGGCACCCAAGGACACCUUGCUGCUCGUCAUCCAGUCCAAUGACGCCGACGCUGUGCAAAUUGGCCAUGCUCUCGGUGAGAUUAGUAGACCUACGAUGGUCAUGACAGAUGCACCCUCGACCGCUGCAUUUGAUGCGCUCAUUGCGACUUAUCUCACUCAAUUUGCCGAGAUCUUUGGCAUUCACCUCUCAUCGAUCAGAGGCUUCCAAGAGUUCUCAACACAUGCCCAAGGUGUCCGAGACUGGCUCUCAGGUCAGGUCUCUGAUGGCCUCUUCUGGGCAUCGCGACUUGUCCGUGGCUCCGCUCGUGUCGAGCAGCCGAUCAAAGCUGCUGGACAAUGGCUGAACCAGCUCGACUUUUUGAGCGACUCAGCCUCGACAGGCGAAUUUGUAGCCGAGCUGAACCAAAUCGAUCACUUCGUCGAGUCCCUCUCUGCCAGAAGAGAGGCCAGGUCUAGUGUCAGCGCAAUGCGCUUUCAGGCGCUGUCGAAACUGGAAGCCGAGCUGGGCAGCGACUCGAGCGAAUUCAAGCAAGCCCGGUCGCUUUUUGAGCAGAUCCUGACAGCUGCGAAAGAAGCCUAUGCGCGAGCGACGAACGACGCAGCACAGGUCAUCACAAUGGUCGUGCCGCGCGAUGCAAAGCCACGCCAUAAUACCAAGAUUACUCGACGCGCGCUAGUCCAGCCGUUCUCAACACACCCGAGACGAGGCUACAGCAAGCGACAGGAUGAUGACAAGCCGGCGCCCUCCACGACGCCGGUUGUGGCCAGCUACCGAUCCUGCUACGAUUCUCAAUCGAGCUGCGAGAACAGUACAUCGACUUGCAAUGGCCACGGCAGCUGCGUCUCUGGCGUUCAGUAUGGCAAAACAGGCUGCUGGACUUGUGCCUGCAGUCCGACGACAGAGGACGGAAAGACGACAGUGUGGUCAGGCGAGACUUGCCAAAAGAUGGAUAUCUCUAGUCCGUUUGUGCUACUGGCAGGCAUCACGAUCGUCUUGAUCCUGUCGGUCGCUGCAUCUGUCGUGCUGCUCUAUCAGGUCGGCGAGGCAGAGCUACCGUCCACGUUGGCGGCAGUCGGUGGUCUGCACAAACGAGAGUAG